AUGUUUCAGAUUCAAUGCCUUUCCGGUCAUAAUGAGAAUGCCGACUUUUUUUGUGCAUAUGAAAAUUGCAAGGACAAUAGAUUUCAUUGUUUUAAUCAAUGCAUAAAGAAUGAUCACAAACAUGUUCAUAAUGAUUAAUAUUUGUUUAAAAUAGAUGAAUUUCCAAAUUAUAUAAAAAUAGGCAACAUUUAAUUUUCAGAGACGAUAAAAUAACUUGAUAAUAUAGUUGAUGACUUUUGCUUUUAAUUCAAAGAAUUAAAAUAAAAUCUUUAAAAAACAUUUGAAUGGACAUUAGAUAGGUUAAAAUGUUUAAAGGGAAAUAAUUUAAAUAUUGCUGUGGAUAAUAUGAUUAAGUUUGAAGAAUAUAGGAAGAGAUUUAUGAUGAAUAUCAACUAAAAUACUUAAUUAUUAUGCCAAACUCUUAAAGAAAGUAUUCAGGAAUUAAAAGUAAAAUAAGUAAUUAUUUAUAUUAUAAAUUAGACAGAUCUUUUUUAAUAUUAUCUUUUAUAGUAAUGGUAAAUAAAGGAGAAAGAAAUAUGUAAGACAAUAGCUUAAAAUUAAGAUUCAUCUAUAAUUAUUUGCGGAUUUUAGAAUUUUAUCAAAAUAUAUUAGUUUAAAAAUUAAUCUUUUUAAGAAAUAUAAGUAAUUAAACAAUAGGAGGCAUUAAAAUUAUUUUUUAUUAAUGACACAGAUGGAUUUAUAUCUUUGGCAAAUAAAAUAAAUUGUUUUGGUCUUUUAACUGAUAUUAGUAUUAAGAUUGAUAUUUUUUAAAAAGUCAAUAAUUAAUGGUAAAAAUAACAUUCUAUAGAUUCACCCUUCAUCCCUCAAUAAUUAUUCAUAACAAAAGAUGAAUCGUUUAUUUUAUUAAGUCAAACUAUUAACCUUAUUAUAAAAUAGAUAAGCAUAACUAUGUAUCAAAAAUUUAAUGAUUAAAAAUGGAUAUAUUAAAAAGAAUAGUUUUAAGAAAUUAGAGGUUUUGAAUUUUUUAAUGCUGAUAUGAAUGAUUCUGAGAAUAUUAUUAUUUUUAGUUGUGAAUCAAAGAUUUAGAUCCUAUAGAAAUAAUAUUAGGCAAAAAAAUGGGAUUUAAUACAAAAAAUUAAAAUAUAAGAAAAAUAACCUUAAAUAAAAUUUAUUUAGGAUAAGUCAUUUAUAUCUUCUGAAAACUCUUAGUUAUGCAUUUAUACUCAAAACUAAGAUAAUUUAUAGUUUGAAAAAAUUAAAUCAAUUAAUUUUUAAACUGGAAAGAUAAUUUCAAAUAAUAUUAUAAUUAUACAAUUUAUAAAAUAAAAAUAGCUAUUAUUAAUUUCAAUUAAUUCCAAAUUGAAUAUAAUUAAAGUUUAUCAAAAUAACGAUUUAAAAAUUGAAUAUUGUGUUGAAGAUGGUAAGUUAGAAGGAAUGAUUAGUAAUGAUGGAAACGUUUUAUUAACAUAUGAUUAAGAUUCUAAAUAAAUUGCCAUAAGAUAGCUGUGA